GAAGGGGGACCAGAAGGGGGGCCGGAAGCGGAAGCGCAGCGGCUGGCGCCGUGGCCGAACGGAGGCGCGGGCCCCGCGGCCGCUCCGUCCAGUCGCUAUGAGCGCGGCCGGGCUCGUGUCCGCCACGCCGCCGGCCCCCGCGCCGCCCGGGCCGCCCGCCCCCGCCAUGGCCCCCGGCCCCGAGUACUACGAGGAAGAGGAGCUGGAGAGCGCCGAGGAAGAGGACGGCGAGCGCAGCGCUCGGGCCCGCGACUCCGAUGAGGACACUGAGGAUGCCAGUGAAACUGACCUGGCAAAACACGAGGAAGAGGACUUUGUAGAAAUGAAAGAACAGAUGUACCAGGACAAACUGGCAUCUCUGAAGAGGCAGUUACAGCAGUUGCAGGAAGGUACUCUUCAGGAAUAUCAGAAAAGAAUGAAGAAGUUGGACCAGCAGUACAAAGAAAGGAUACGAAAUGCAGAGCUGUUCCUUCAGCUGGAAACAGAUCAGGUAGAAAAAAACUACGUCAAGGAAAAGAAGGCGGCAGCAAAGGAGUUUGAAGAUAAGAAAAUUGAACUUAAGGAAAAUUUGAUUGCAGAACUGGAAGAGAAAAAGAAGAUGAUUGAGAAUGAAAAGCUGACCAUGGAGUUAACGGGAGAUUCAAUGGAAGUGAAACCCAUUAUGACAAGGAAGCUGAGGCGACGACCAAAUGAUCCGGUUCCUAUCCCAGACAAGAGGAGGAAACCUGCCCCUGCUCAGCUAAAUUAUUUGUUGACUGAUGAGCAAAUAAUGGAGGACCUGAGGACACUGAAUAAGCUUAAAUCACCCAAGAGACCAGCCUCUCCCUCCUCUCCCGAACACCUCCCAGCUACACCAGCAGAGUCUCCAGCACAGCGGUUUGAAGCCCGUAUAGAAGAUGGAAAACUCUACUAUGAUAAAAGAUGGUACCACAAGAGCCAGGCUAUUUACCUGGAGUCUAAAGAGAACACUAAGAUCAGCUGUGUGAUCAGUUCUGUGGGUGCCAACGAGAUCUGGGUGAGGAAAACCAGUGACAGCACAAAGAUGAGGAUCUACCUGGGACAGCUGCAGCGAGGUGUCUUUGUGAUCCGCCGGCGAUCGGCUGCAUGACUGUAUGCUCUUCCUUGGUCUUUUUCCUUCUUUUUUUUAACCUGUAGACAAACCUCUAAUGGGGAGUGGCAGUCUGUUCACUCCUCUUAGCAGCAGCGAACGCUGUCGUGACCUCUUCUGAGACAGUUUGUGGCUGGCCACAUAAUCCCCAGUAGUCCUUAAAUCUUUAGUGAUACUCAAGCACUGCCCUGGACUAUUUCUGGAUUUUGCAUCAAGCUUCUGAACGCUUUCUUUACAUUUUGGGCGACUAUUUAAAAAGACUUUGCAUCGUACUUUUUUUCAUCAUUGUUUCAUGGUGUGUAGAUGGGACUCGUGUUGCAAACGCUUAUGUUUUGAAUCAGACCAAUGGAAGAAGCUCUGCUUGUCAAGACGGGACAUUAUUCAUUCUUUUUGGAUUGUUUUUCCUACAAGGCUCAGGAUUUUGGGAAAAAGGAGGUGCAGAACAUCAACUUAAUUGGAUGAACUGUUGAAAGACUUAAGCACCGAGCCUUUUUUAGGGAAGUGUGAACAGGUUAGAAACUGCUGAAAAUCCAGUUGAUUUUAAUGUAGUUAAGCAGUCACACGUGGUUAAUCAGAAGCUUCCAUUUCUCUUGACAUUAAAAAAACCCUUCGAUGAUCGAGCAAAGAGUGUAUCUGUGUGCUGAAAUCCAUCUCUUGAAAUAGGUGGAUGAGUGUAAACCAAAAGAUUAAUUUACUGGCCUUUGCAGAUAGCGAGGUUGUGUGAGUGAUACGUGUGAGCAUAACCACUCAUACAGGCAGAGAGGCGAAAGGUGAAUUUCACUUUCUUUACCGAUGCUUAGAGUAAUAGAUCGUGCUGGAAUCCUGCUGAUGGAAGAUAAUGCAUCUGGUGUAUCUUCCAAAGAAGCCUGGCUCAGAGUAGAAGGUGGUAUUGAUAUGCUCUUAGUGUACAUCUGAAACCUUCGUUCCCUAAAGUGUCAGGCGAAGGUUUCCCUUUGAAGGGUAUUUUAAUUACUGGAGAUAACACCGUGUUUCUAAGCUUGCCUGCCAAUAGCACAAGGGAAAAUGCUCAAGUAGUGAUAUCGAUGUACUCCCUUCCAAGGUAUUUAAAGAUCUGACUCUGGCAUUUGUUUAUAAUUCCUGGUCCUUUGCUGAUGGCUGAAACCACCAACACCGUGUGUGACUGCAUGGGCCUUAACUUCACAGUGCACUGGCAGUGCUGUCAGAUCUUUGCUUUCCGUGCAGAAGAACUUUGUGGUUUGUUUGAUUGCUGGGCAAAAAGUUGUAAUUUCUGCCUUUAUCAAUAUCUGUCACUUGAGGCAUUUUUUGGUUUUGCUUUUGAACUGCCUUCUUGUUCAGCAUCAGUCGAGCCUUCCUUUCAUACCUGGAUAAAUCGAGUAUUUUAAACAAUUGUUUCUGUUUCUUUUGCUUACUGCAGUGGGGUGGCAGUCACAUCCCAGUAACUGAUGUUCGUACAUGGAUUGGGAGUGGAGUGCCAGGGCUGAGUUUCUGAUGUGUUGCUUUGGGGGCUGGUACAACUUGCCUAUUUUUACUGUGUUUAGAGUUUCAACUGGAUCUGGAGCUUCGGUGAGGAAAGCAGAGGGUGUCUGUUUCCCACCCCUUGAAAAUGUGCCAUCGUUGCUGCAGUGUUAGUCAGGUGGAAAGCAGCAGGCUGUGUUUUGUCAAAUUAACAGCGUACUUAAUGUGACUUAGCAUUCGCUGCACGUAUGACAGGUUUUUAAUAAGGUGAUGAUGCAGCAAACAGGAUUUAUCACUGAGCCUUAAAACGAGCAUCAUAGUUCUUAUAAUAAAAAGUGCUAAAUAAACAGCAGGAUUUAUUUCCUACCUGUAUAAUUUGUCAAUAUCUCUGUCUGUGGAAAUAGCUGGGAGCUUCAGCUCAGUUUUGGGGAGAUACCUUGCCAGCCUGCUAACGGCAGGUGAUCUCUGUUGCCAUGAUAUUAUCUGCUUGGAGGUAACUUUAAAGGUAUUGGUAGAAGUGUGGAAAUGCAGCAGCUGCCUAGAGCCA